AUGCAGAGACUUUCUUCACAAUCACCGGUGACUCUCUUCAAUAAAUACCAUCUCUUCUUACUUUCCUCCAUAUCAAACACUCCCACCCAAUCCUAUUCAAAGGUUCCAUUCCAUGACCUUCCCAACCCUCACCUCUCUUCCACCCAAUCUCACUUGGGUUCACCUCAAAAACGGUUCAACUCCAACCCAUUUCUUAAACCCACCAAUCCCAACAAAUCAGGAAGAGGGUUUGAGCUCAUUCGCCUGGAAAACAAGCCAGAAACCUCUACAAGUGAUCAAAACCAUGACGAAUUUGCUGCUGAUGUUGAAAACGUAUAUAGAAUUUUAAGACGAUUUCAUUCGAGAGUUCCGAAAUUAGAACUUGCUUUGCAAGAAUCCGGUGUCGUUUUACGGACAGGAUUAACCGAACGUGUGCUGAAGCGUUGUGGGGAUGCUGGGAAUUUAGGGUAUAGAUUCUUUGUGUGGGCAUCGAAGCAACCCGGUUAUAGGCAUAGUUAUGAAGUGUACAAAGCAAUGAUCAAGAUUUUAGGUAAAAUGAGGCAAUUUGGUGCUGUUUGGGCACUUAUAGAGGAAAUGAGUAAAGAGAAUCCACAGCUAAUAUCGCCUGAGGUGUUUGUUGUGUUAAUGAGGAGAUUUGCCUCGGCGAGAAUGGUGAAAAAAGCAGUUGAAGUGUUGGACGAAAUGCCCAAAUAUGGGUGUGAACCAGAUGAGUAUGUUUUUGGUUGUUUGUUAGACGCUUUGUGCAAGAAUGGGAGUGUGAAAGAAGCUGCUUCACUGUUUGAGGACAUGAGAAUCAGGUUUAGGCCAACAAUAAAGCAUUUCACUUCUUUGCUGUAUGGUUGGUGUAGGGAAGGGAAGCUUAUGGAGGCGAAAUUUGUGUUGGUUCAAAUGAGGGAAGCAGAGUUUGAACCUGACAUUGUAGUUUACAACAAUUUGCUUAAUGGGUAUGCUGUGGCGGGGAAAAUGGUGGAUGCAUUUGAUCUUUUGCAAGAAAUGAGGAGGAAGGGUUGUGACCCAAAUGCAACUUCGUUCACAAUUGUGAUUCAGGCACUUUGUGCUCAAGAAAAAAUGGAGGAGGCAAUGCGGGUUUUGGGGGAUCUGCAGAAGAGUGGUUGUGAGGCGGAUGUCGUGACAUACACUACCUUGAUAAGUGGAUUUUGUAAGUGGGGUAAGAUUAACAAGGCUUAUGAGCUUUUGGAGGGUAUGAUACAGCAAGGGCAUACUCCAAAUCAGACUACUUAUUUGCACAUCUUGUUGGCCCAUGAGAAGAAGGAAGAGUUGGAGGAGUGCAUGGAAAUUGUUGAGGAGAUGCAAAAGAUUGGUUGCAUUCCUGACCUGAGCAUCUACAAUACUGUGAUCCGCUUGGCAUGUAAGCUGGGGGAGGUUAAAGAAGGUGUCCGGUUAUGGAAUGAGAUAGAAGCAAAUGGGCUUAGUCCAGGGGUUGACACCUUUGUUAUUAUGAUUCAUGGAUUUCUUGAGCAAGGAUGUUUAUUUGAAGCUUGUGAUUACUUUAAAGAAAUGGUUGGGAGGGGUCUUCUAUCUGCUUCUCAUUAUGGUACUUUGAAGGACCUAUUAAAUUCUCUGUUGCGAGCAGAUAAGCUUGAAAUCAGUAAAGAUGUUUGGAGUUGCAUCAUGACUAAAGGAUGUGAGCUUAAUGUUUAUGCGUGGACAAUUUGGAUUCAUGCACUUUUCUCAAAAGGACAUGUGAAGGAGGCUUGUUCAUACUGUUUGGACAUGAUGGAUGCUGAUGUGAUGCCUCAACCCGAUACAUUUGCCAAGCUUAUGCGUGGUCUAAGGAAGCUGUAUAACAGGCCGAUUGCAGCAGAGAUUACGGAGAAGGUGAGGAAGAUGGCUGCAGAGAGACAGAUGACCUUCAAGAUGUAUAAACGGCGUGGUGAGAGGGACUUGAAAGAGAAAGUUAAAACUAAGCAGGAUGGGAGGAAGAGGAGGGCUCGUCGACGCCAGUGGGGCCGGGGCCGUAGUAGAGCUGACAUUUUGUGAUGCGAGGAAAGGGAAUUAUGUUGAGUCAAUAUAGUGGGGCUACCGAUUUGUGAGAAUAUUAAUGCACUAACUGUGAGUAAUUAUGCUCGAGGAGUGGACCCUUUAACAGCAAUUGCUAAAUGAGUAAAGCUGGAGGAAAAACAUAAGCAUGUGUUC